GUGUCCUCUGUACAACCAGGAACGAACGAUCACACUUCAAUGACUGCCCAGAUUUUUUCAGUGAGGGAGAAGACACGCUCCCGUAAUGCCGACUCUCGCCCUGAUCCUAAAACUCUCUGUUUUGUUGGAUAUUAUUUAUGUGUUAGCUCAAAAAGAUGAACCUACUCGUGUGUAUAUGAAAACAAUAAACGCAGUUGGAGAAAGAGACCCUCCCUGCAGUAUGCCAAAAGUAUUAACCGUUAGUGUAGUACUCACUAAUGGAACAAUAUUCUACAACCUCGAACUACAAAAAAGAGACCAGGAGCCUGAGGGCAAUAAAUCGGUGUAUAGCAUCAGGAGAUCGGCAGCAAUGCGGCCCUUUCUUGUACGAGAGACUAUUGCUUAUCAGAAAUCCGCAAUGUACACCAGUUCCCUUGAAGCGGAGCUGCCGAUAGAAGUUCAUUGUCUACAAGGAGGGGGAGAGGCCUUGUACUCGUUUAAUGGGAUGUUUUCCCGGAAUUCUACACGAUACAGCUUACUUCUGGGGUCAGGAGGUUCACACACCAUGACGCUGGUUCCCCGACCCCCGGGUCGUCAGCAUGACUACAGGAUGCUCCCCGGUGAUAACAGUAUUAAAAGAAUCAAAGAGUCUUUCAAUCUACAAAAAAUGAAAUCCCGGUCACGGCGCCAAAUUACCGGAACACACGUCAUAGACAUGUUGGUUGUUAUAGAUCACGGAAUAUAUACCGAUUGGUAUAAUAGGAGCGUCGGAAGCUCCCAGUUUGUCCGGGAACAAUCAGCGAAAUCCAACAUUCAGACGUAUUACUCACACUUCCUUAACGAGGUUGAUCUAAGGUACCAAGGAAUGAGAGCGACGGACCUGAAUUUCCGCGUGAAUGUGGCCGCCAUAUUGCUCGCGGACAGAAGUGAUUCGUACGUAUGGACAGAGGUAAAAAAGGAGCCCGGAACACCUCGGGAAUUACUCAACGCUGACGAGGCGUUGAAGGACUUCCGGUCUUGGAUUAAUAACAGUAACGACUUGCCGUCCCAUGAUCAUGCCAUACUGUUCACUGGAUAUAAUCUGUACACCUCUGACGGAUUUCAAAAGAAGCUGCAUACAGCAGGUCUGGCGUUCAUUGGCUCCAUGUGUAGGGGAGGGGGAGACAGCGUAUCGGUGGUGGAGGACCACGGGGGGUUCCAGAACAUCGCAACGGCAGCUCACGAAAUAGGUCACAGUCUGGGCUCACUACACGACGGAGAGAACAACGCGUGUAACCCCAACGAUCGGUUCAUCAUGUCUUCCUCAGAAAAUACAAACAACAUGGCGCCGGAAAAACGGACCAAUCAGUGGCACUUCUCCACGUGCUCCAUCAACUACUUCCGGGAAUUCCUUACAAACAGCAUCAGAAACGGUAUGACGUGCCUAACUAGCAGUCUCCAGGUCCCCUCGCAGUCAUUGGUGCCCCCGGGCCAGCUUUACUCGCCUGAUGACCAGUGUAAACUCAUCUGGGGCCCCAAGUCCUACCUCUGUAGGGGAAGUGAGUUUGGAAAUGUCGGGUCCAUUUGUACCGCCAUGUACUGCCGCGAUCCAAGUAGUGGAAAUGACUGUGUUCUUCACACCGCCGCCAGGGGGACUUCGUGCGGAAACAAAAAGUGGUGUGAAGAUGGAGUAUGUACAUUUUCAGAAAAAGCACCGGAAAUUGACGAAUCAUGUGCGUUAGGUGAUCAGCCAGGAAUCGCGUUCAUUAACAAAACUUGUGAUGAGCUGAUUAAUGAACUUCCACAGUACUGCUACAAGGAGAAGGUUCGAGCCCGCUGCUGUUCAUCUUGUUCCAAACACUACUCUUGGGUAGCGGGUUGUGAGUACGGAGACAGAGUGCUGGGCUGUAAGGAGUUUCACUGUAACAUGGUGAACGAUCCCAGCGUCCUGACCGACUGCUGUAACACCUGUUCCUACGGGACCCUCAUCCCGACCACGCCGUCUCUCGACUUCUCCGUGCGCCCUUUUACCACGGAGGAACCGACACGGCACAGACCGGCUACCUGUGUGGAUUCCGCCGAUAUUAACGGCCAAAGCUGUCAGCGAUACAUCGCAGAGCAGGGACGUCACUCGUGUUACAAUACCAGGCUGUCGGCCUACUGCUGCCAGUCAUGUAGGGCAGUGCUCAGUGUCCAAAUUCCAGACUGCCCGUACGGUGACAGACUCCCGACGUUUUGUUCCAGACAGGUGAAUGUAACAGAGCGAUGGUGUAGGAACUUUCGCCCCCAUUGCUGUGACACCUGCACCGAUUCCGCCCCCCGUGUGUUCGGCUCCCCCUUUGUGUUCAUUGCUGUCGCUGUGCUACUUAUCAACGAUCAACUCCACUCACAAGUAUUUUCAAUGGAUCCCUCAAUUGUGCAGCAAACCUUCAAGGCAGCCCCUCUCACGACAGAGUUCUUUCUACAAGGCAGCGUAAUGGAGAACUCUCUAGAAACACUGGUGAACCGCCUUAAAGGCCUUUGUGACAAUGCCGACUAUCAGCAGGAAUCCUUUCAGGAUCAUGAAAUGGUCUUUCACAUAAAGAACACAUCAGUGCCGACCCCUCUAGUGUUUAGAGUUCGGCAUUCUCUAGUUCAGACGGAAUGUUGGUCCCUGAGAUAUUUAGGUCAUGCAGAAGUUGGAGAUAAGAACCGACCAACUUUGGUGAGGAGUUAUAUUGACUGUCCUACCUCAGAGAACGUUGCCCAGUUUAUUGGGGAGCUUGGCUUCAGAAUGGACCACGAGUUUGUUGUGAAGGGGUUUUAUUUCCACAAAGGGAGAAUGAAGAUAACUGUUUCCAAGUUCUACAAGAUGAAUCAGCCAGGAAACACAACCAAUGACACGAUAGAGACAGUGUGUCCGUCGUACCUCGUGGAGCUGAGUGUGGUGACCUCGUCCGGACAGGAAGCAGUCGGAGAUGACAUGAAGAACUUUGCUGAGCAGCUCAAACCGUAUCCUUUUCUCUGACCUCAAACAAAAAAC